UACACCUUCAAAUAAGUUAACACAGCUCUCUAACUCGCUCCAGUCUCCACCUCAAGUGUAUCUCAAGUCAGCCAUCCAUUCUGAAACACGCUCAUCUAAAAAAGGAACUGGCAUCUUUUGCGACUCCAUCCGUUUCUGCGCUAUUCUCAAUAUGUCAACGGCUCAGAAAUUAACUUCUCUAUGCAACACCAAGCGCUGAUGUGUAGUCAUCGUUCCGCCACGACCUAUCAAAAGACUAAGAGUACCUUCUCGCACCUCUCCGACACCUGCGGCCUCACCAGUGUCUCCAGUUGCACCGAGCAUGCCCUGUCACUUUCAGCAAGCCCAUGCAUCUCAGUCCAACUCGAGUCAACCUCAAACUCGUUAGCAUCUUCUUUACAUGGAUCUUUCGGCUCCCCUCAGCCCUUCGACGAAGUUUUGAGUCUCGGCUCAUCCUAUCACCCAAGUGAAGGCUCUGAUCAAGAGCCUGAUGGAGAUCCAACACUUAAUGAUGUGCCGAGACAUCCUCCUUUCAAACUUCUUUCUGACCUGCCAAAGAAUGAAAGAAGAGAACUAAUGGCCAGCUUACGUCGUCAGGUGAAGGAUGUCGAUUCAUGGAAUACUGCAAUGUCUCCUAGAUACGUCUUGAGGAAAUUCACCAUUGUGAACUCAAAUGUUCAUUUACGAGGCCAUUAUUCAGGCAAGGUGAGGGGCAAUGAGAUAUUUGCUGAGUGGCUUUGCUUGGGAGACGUAGGUUUCAGAGCCCGCCUUGUGGAACUGAAUUACAAAACACCAUUCUUUACUGCUGUAAGGAACGAAGAAGAGAAGAGGAUUAACAGAAGAAGUGUCACGAGCCUAACAUAUGGAGCCCCAUUUGCCGAAUCGCCAAAGCAUAGUUUUCAAUGCAAACGCGAACUUAACGGAGGGAACUUGUUUGAGGAGGCAGGGAAUAUUGCCCCAAGGGUCGUCAGGAUUGAAUGCGUCAUGAGAGCUGUAUAAUCAAGAAAGUUCUGAUAGACAUGGGCACUAUAAGAGAGACACCUCAAACAUUACAUGAAAUGACCUACAGCUAUACAAAGAGGCUCAGCAGGGCACACAUUGGCCCCUAACCUAAGGAACUAGGGGUUAUAGAGGUUGCAUUUUUCGUUGUUUAAUUUAUUGGGUUGUCGUGUGUGUUACCCGAAUGAAAGAAACUACUUAAAUAAAC